AUGCCGCUAGCUAGUUACCCCCAUCCGCUAGCUUGUUACCCCCAUUCCAGCAGCUUGUUACCCCCAUUCCGCCAGCUUGUUACCCCCAUCCCGCCAGCUAGUUACCCCCAUCCCGCCAGUUUGCUAGUUACCCCCAUCCCGCCAGCUUGUUUCCCCCAUCCCGCCAGCUUGUUUCCCCCAUCCCGCCAGCUAGUUACCCCCAUCCCGCCAGCUAGUUACCCCCAUCCCGCCAGCUUGUUUCCCCCAUCCCGCCAGCUUGUUUCCCCCAUCCCGCCAGCUUGUUACCCCCAUCCCGCCAGCUGGUUACCCCCAUCCCGCCAGCUGGUUACCCCCAUCCCGCCAGCUUGUUACCCCUAUCCCGCCAGCUAG